AUGCUUCAUCAUUUAUCUGAUAUUCACUUGUCCUCCUGUGAACUUGCUGAACUUCCCCCUCUUGAUGGUCUCCCUUCUGCAAAUUUUACUUCUCUUUCUGUCCUUGAUCUUUCUUGGAACGACUAUUUUAAUUCUACUUUACCAGAUUGGCUCUAUAGUCUUCACAGUCUCACGUACCUUGAUCUUAGCUUUAAUAGCUUUCGCGGCACAGUUUCAUAUUCCAUUGCUAACCUCACUUCACUGCAUGAGUUGUACCUGCAUUACAAUGGCCUUGAAAAAGAAAUUCCAAAAUCUGUGGGAGUGGGACAUCUCUGCAACUUGGAAAUUUUAUUCUUGCCAAACAACAGAUAUUCAGUGGCGAAGUAUCCAGAUUUCUGGGAACUCAUCUCAAUGCAUCAAGGACAGUCUGGUGUCACUACGUCUGGAAUGGAAUCAAUUGAAUGGCACGAUUCCAGAAAGCAUUGGACGUGUCUUUGGAAACUAGAACUUCUGGGCAUCUCGGAUAAUUCCUUCCAUGGUGUUCUCUCAGAGCUGCACUAUGCCAACCUUACGAGGCUGAAAGUAUUGAAAGCACCUUCGAACUCAUUGGUUUUGAAUUUUCUUGACCUCUCAAACAAUCUUCUAUCAGGGAACAUUCCUGAUUGUUGGAUGAAUUGGCCAUCACCGAGAGUUAUAAAGUUAGUGAGCAAUAAACUGACUGGGAACCUCCCAAUCUCCCUUGGUUCUCUAAUUGGGCUCCAACCUCUGCACUUACGCAAUAAUAGUCUUACUGGAGAGUUACCCUCCUCUUUGAGAAUUUAUACUGAGUUGACAACCAUUGACAUCAGUGGGAAUGAAUUAUCUGGAAGAAUACCCAUUUGGGUGGGACUAAACCUAGAACGUCUAAUUGUUCUAGGUCUACGUUCCAAUAAGUUCAGUGGAAGUAUCCUCCAGAACUUUGUCAUCUCAUUGAUCUUCAAAUACUGGACCUUGCAGAUAACAAUUGAUCAGGAACCAUACCAGGGUGUUUCAGCAACUUUAGUGCUAUGGCAUCAAAUCAGAAGUCAAUUUACUAUAUUGGUUAUGUCACUAGUUAAAAUGUAA